CUGCCCUCGGCCCUCCCACCGGUUCUUUUGUUGGGCCCCUGGGCCCCGGGGCCUCGGACGCCCGUGCUGGCCUUCUUGCGACCCCGGCACAGGCGUCCUGGGUGCAGAGAUGGCCGGUAGGAGCCCUGGCCGGGCGACUUUCACCGGAGACAUCGCAGGCACUUCGGGAACGGCCGCCACGCGGGCGUGGGCCUGCAGCUGGCCGGGAGCCAUGGCGGACGUGCGCAAGAAGCUGGUGGUGGUCGGCGACGGGGCCUGCGGCAAGACGUGUUUGCUCAUCGUUUUCCGAGGGUACCAGUUCCCGGAGGCCUACGUGCCCACGGUGUUCGAGAGCUUCCUGGCGGGCCUGGACGUGGACGGGCAGCCGGUGGAGCUGGCCCUGUGGGACACCGCCGGGCAGGAGGACUACCGGGGCCUGCGGGCCCUGGCCUACCCCCGCACCGACGCGGUGCUGCUGUGCUUCUCCGUCGCCAGCCCCGACAGCUUGGAAAACAUCCCGGACACGUGGACUCCGGAGGUCAGGCACUUCUGCCCCGACGCGCCCAUCCUCCUGGUGGGGAACAAGAAGGACCUGCGGCGCUGCCCGCACACGCAGUGGAAGCUGGCCCAGGCGCGGCGGGAGCCGGUGAAGCCGGAGGAGGGCAGAGCCAUGGCCCAGAGGAUCGGCGCCUUCGGCUACGCGGAGUGUUCGGCGAAGACCAGAGAGGGAGUGAGGCAGGUGUUUGAAAUGGCCGCGAGAGCUGCUCUGCAAGGCAGUGACAAGAGGCAAAAGUCUGGGUGCCUUGUGCUGUGAGGCCCAGAUGCGAGCACGACACUCAUGCGGCUAAGCAGGGCUCUUUAUAUCUUAGUGUAGGACUACUGGGUCUUUUCCAUUUAUCUAAAAUUUACCUGAUUACAACUCAGAAGUCACUUUGCUACCAGUAUGUAGAAGACAACCAUGAUGAUUACUGAUGUCCUACCCACCUGACCCACCGGGUCCUUCUGACACAGCUCUAUCGGCCCUCCUCUGCACUCCCACCUGACACACCAAGGGCUAAUUCACGGAAUUUCUUUCUUCCUUCUGGAAGGAGACACAGUAACGUUUGUGAAUAAGGCUGUAACUACUUCAUAACUAACAUGGCUUGCCAGUCAUCGGUCAGUUGCAAGGAACUCUGGUGAGUCGCCACUUCAUAACCGCCCUCCCAAACAGAUUUCAUUGGCAGAGCUCUGCAGUGGGCAUCCUGUUUUUUCACAAUGUGCUCAGCUAGAAAAAGCCCCGAGUCCAUGCAGCUGUGGCAAAGUUAAGUCCUGUGGUUUCAUGUUAGUUACCUUGUAGUUACUGUGUAAUUAGUGCCACUUAAUGUAUGUUACCAAGAAAUAAAUAUAUCUACCUCUGACUAGACGUGGUAUUUUGUGUAUAAUUGGAUUUCCUAAUAUGGAUACUUGUCAUGCCCACAGAAAGUAUACUGGCUUUUAUUUUUUUAAGAAAGUGUAUUUGAAAAUAAAGUCGAUGGAAAAUGUUUUUUGAAAGUCUAUGAAUUAAGGUAAUAAAAC